AUGAAGGCGAGAUUUCGAGUUCCAGGUGUAUGCGUAAGUGAGGAAGAAGAAGAAGAAGAAGAAGAAGAAGAUGAUGAUGAUGAUGAUGAUGAUGAUGAUGAUGAGGAGGAGGAGGAGGAGGAGGAGAGGUCGAGCACCGGAACAUUUUGUUUUUUGUCCUGGGCUUUCGAACUCGUGCAGCAGUCUAUCCUCAGAGGUAGCAGCAGCAACAGAACGAGCGACAGUUAUAGGGCGCGUAGGCCAAUCAUCGACCGACGGCGCAAGACUGGAGGUGACUGAGCAGGGCUCUGUAUGCCGGCGCCAGAUCGAUACAUCGAUGAACCGAGUUCUCAUCCGAGGCCCAGACUUCAAUCAACUCUCGGCCUGUUUUGUUUCCGACGCGGGCGACCACUUUGGUGGCUGCGAUGUUAAACUCGUGACCCAUAUCGUAGGUGCGGGCUGCCACUGUGAUGAUGCGUCGCCUCUUUGCACACCCAGACUAUGUUCGUGUGUACACUAUACGAGCAUGCGCCCAGUCUGGCCUGUGUAAUUACAAGGGCAGUUUUGGCACGGGAUGCGAUACACUACUCCAGAUUUCUCCACAGGCUUUAACCGGUCUUUAGUUUUCAUGACCCUACUGCGUAUGAUGGCUUUGGGGCGGAGUGCAAUUCCAACACCUAGCUCCACAGAAAUGUGCUCUGUCGCUUCUGAAACGCCCUUGAUGUAUGGCAGAGAAUGCCAUAUCGUUGGUGGUGUUGAUGUUUGAGUCCUCUGUGGGCGACCGCUUAGGCAGCGACUUAUGAAUGCCCUCGGUUAGCCAUUUCGCACAAAGUGGUCGCGGAGAUAACGGGCCUCAUGUGCUCUAUCCUCCGGUUUGCUGCAAUGAGGUUUGGGUCCGUUUGAAGAGCGUCUUCACAUAGCUUCGUUUGUGAGUCGCCAAAUGGUUGCUGUGAAAACUGAGAAGCUGUGUGGUGUUCGUUGCCUUCCUGUAAACCGUCGUUUCAAGUUCACCGUUAAGGUUUCGUCUGACAAGUACGUCCAGGAAGGGCAACUGCUGUUCCUGUUCUUUUUCCCUCGUGAAUUUUAUAUCAGGUAAGACUGCGUUGAGCAGGCUGUGGAAAUGGUGCAGCAUGUCCUUCUUUACGGUGACCAACGUGUGAUCUACGCAACGGAGUCAAAAUACCGGCUCAUAUUGGAUGAAAACAAACUUUUCUAACUCUUGUAGGACCAGUUCUGCCAAGUUCUCAUAGAAAAAAGGGGUGGUCGACUCAGACCCCACCAGCAUGGAAGUGUCACAGAGGCCACAUCGAGGAGUCACCGAGUCUGACUCUCAGUUCACCAGUCAGUCACUCCACACACGCGUUUGCGCCUGCUAUUGGCGUGGCCGAGGAGGGCCUUCACUUGCUCAGCCUACGCUAA